UCUUGAUCAAUUCGUUGAAAACAAAUAUAAUGAAACGAAAGAAUUGCAGCAUAGAAUAAUUGAAUUUGGCGUUAAUGCGGACACAGCAAUCGGAAAGAUGUACAAUUCAGGGAACAUCGUAAAAGCUUUGAGUUAUUUAUAUCAAAACCGACGAAUAAAGGGGAACGUUUAUGAUAAGGAAUGGAAAUGGGAUUCAUCUCAUGAUAGUAUUGCCAUUAACCGAAAAUUAUGGCAUAAAAUGCUGAAAUGUAACGUCUAUCAUUAUUGCUUCUUUGAUUCAAUCACCUGGUAUGGAUCAUUACAGCAUUUAUGUGAAAAAUGUUAUUUGAAAAUACGAGUAUUAACAUUAGCAGCGCCACAAGUUUACGCUCUUAAACUAUGUCCUGAAACUAAAGAAAAUUUUUGCAAUUCAACACUAGAUAUUUUAAAUGCAAUGUUCAACUUAACUAAUAAUGUAUACAUACGUCACAUUUAUGAGAUGAAAUCAUCAUUAUUCUAUGAGCCACCACCGACAAUUUCAUACAAAUUUGUUGAUAAGCGUGAUCGAAUACUUUGCUACGAUUUAAUUACAAGAAACAAUAUAUCAUCAAAUUUAGAUAAUUAUCUUUCAAGCUUUCUUUUAUAA